UAAAAUUUUAUUUCUUUAACUGGCAGAUAUAGUGAACAAGAAUAUAUCAAGAUGGCUGUGAGCAAUGAAACAAUUUGUGCCCCCAUCAACACUGGAACGACUAUAAUGGCAAUUGAAUUCAAUUGUGGAGUAAUUAUUGCUGCAGAUUCACGCACUAGUGGAGGUCAGUAUGUAGCUAAUAGGGUGACAGAUAAAUUAACUUGUAUAUCCAAUAAAAUCUAUUGCUGUCGAAGUGGUGCUGCUGCUGACACUCAGACUGUGGCUGAUUUAGUUCAGGCAAUGGUUUAUUAUGAAAGUAAUAGUUCAAACAGGGAUCCGCUUGUUUAUUAUGCAGCAAUGUAUUUUCGUAAUAUUAUCUAUCAUAUGCAAGGUGAAUUAUUAGCUGGCAUAAUCGUUGCUGGUUAUGAUGACACUGAAGGUGGUCAAGUUUACACGAUUUCACAUGUUGGUAUGGUGAUGCGUGAGCCAAUAUCUGUAGGGGGCUCUGGAUCAACUUUUAUUUUGGGAUUCGCAAAAGAUAGGUAUCAUGUUGGUAUGAAGGAGGAUGAAUGUGUUGCACUUGCAGUAAGCGCUAUAAAACUUGCACAGAAUUUUGAUGGCAGCUCGGGUGGGGUGGUACGCAUUGGCAUUAUAACAGCUUCUGGUAUAGUACGUAAAAUUUUUUAUAAUACGCCUGAGGGCGAAGAAAUUUCAAAAGUUUGCAUCGGCGAAGACUGGAAUUACGGUUUCUAGCAUUCUUCUAUAUACCUCGAUAUUUUUAAUAGAUUCAAUAAAAUUUAAAUUUUAA